AUGAGGUUCUCCAACAUCUUCGGCACAAUCGCAGUGUUCUGCGCAGGCGUUGCGCUGGCUGAUCUUCACAACUUCUGCGGAUGCGGCAUUCGCCAUAAAGGCGAUACGGUUGAAGAUCCUUACUGGGAUUUCCAAACCGAUAUCACGAAGUUCGCGUGCGCCCGCUACAGGAACAGGCACACUGGAACCAAGCAGUGGGAUAGCUGUCCUGAUUGUCAGAUGGAUACGCAGGACUUCGAUGCGCAGGUCGAUGUUCCUGCAUGCUUCUCAGUGGGAUUUCAUAUGGGCGGCGACGAGUUCGAUUACUACUGUGGGCUAAAGGGCACCCAGGGCUACUGCAAGAGCAUUCACUAG